AUGAACAGCAAUGACACGGUAUUCACUGAACAGCUUUUGCCCUGUGGAAAGACAAUACCGAAUAGACUGGUCAAGGUCGCCAUGUACGAACACCUUUCUUCGAUUCUAGGCGGGCCUCCUAAUGAUUUUCACUACGAGCUGUACUCCGCUUGGUCCAAGCAUGACUGGGGAAUGAUUAUGACUGGGAAUGUACAAGUUUCCAAACAACAUUUAACCCUUGGUCGCGAUAUGGUAGUGCCCAAAGUAUUAACAAAUCAGACGAUCCAACCAUUUCAGCAGCUUGCACAAGUUAUCCAUGGUGAUCAGCAUUCACAUAGCCUGGCCAUCAUGCAGCUCAGCCACGCAGGUCGACAAUCUAGUAAUAUACUCGGCGGACGACUUCCCUUCGUAUCCCCGCUUGGGCCUAGCGCAGUAAGAUUCGGUCACUCUAAACGGAAUGAAGGCGUAAUUUCGAACAUAUUUCAUCGGCUGCUUUUUCAAACACCUAAAGCCAUGUCUUCUGCGGACAUUGACAAUGUGGUUUCUGAGUUUGUUCGUGGCGCUUCACUAGCCUUACAGUCUGGCUUUGAUGGCGUGCAGCUACAUGUAGCUCAUGGAUCACAGUUUUUAUCACCCAAGUCUAACACCCGCACCGAUGAAUAUUCAUAUCACUCACUCCUUCUAUUAAGUCGUAUAGUUAAUGCCAUCCGAGAAGUCGUACCCAGAGAUUUCGUACUCGGCAUCAAGUUUAAUACUAGCGACUACAGUCUCUUCGAAGAGAGCGAAGCCAAAGUUGCCCAAGAAGAACGCGCCCUUACACAUCUUCGUCAGGUUGCCUCAUGGAGGACGGUUGACUUUAUCGAGAUUAGCGGUGGCGAUUAUGAAAAUCCUGAGUUCAUGCUCAGUUCAAGCUCCGCCACCUCUGCCAAGAAUCCCCGUCAGGCAUUUUUUGCUCAUUUUUCCUCAAAACUCAUGAAGGAGUUAUCUUCCGUUACUUCAUCCGACCAAUGUGCACCUCUUAUUCUACUGACGGGAGGCCUCCGUUCCCCCGCCCACUUAUAUACCGCCCUCAGAAAUGAAAAUGCACAUCUCCUAGGCAUUGGGAGAGCUUCCGUCCUCUGUCCAAAUCUCCCCACUGUCCUCAAACGUCGACGGGCUGCUGAAGCUGAUCUCUCGAGUGAUGUCACUCCUUUCAAGCCCGAACCUGAUCUUAGAUUUUGGCCUUCGGGAAGAGAGCCGUGGCGGUGCAUUCGGAGGUUCUUUCCAAAGGUGAAGCUUAUUGGCGCUGGAGUUGGAAUGGCGUGGUAUGUCGUGAUGAUUCGUCGAUUGGCUAAAGAGCAUAUUCGACGGCCUGACUAUAGCAUAGGAGGGUUGGGUGCUAUGACUAAAAUGUGGGUGUGGAUCGAUGCACCUGAGCUACAACAGACAAAGGCCAUCUAUGUACUGAUCUUAGGCCUAGUGUGGUAUCUGUAUUUGGGUUCCUCGAUGUUAUUCGAUAGUUAUUGA